AUGUUCUCGAUACAGAUUGCAUCCGACCUUCAUCUCGAAGCUCCCAAGAGCUACGAUCUUUUCAACAUCAUCCCCAAAGCCCCAUGCCUUGCGCUGAUUGGCGAUAUUGGAUGUAUAAAGGAUCGGGAAUACCUGACUUUCUUGGAGAAGCAACUACGCAAUUUCAAAAUCGUCUUCCUGAUUCUUGGUAAUCAUGAACCUUAUCACAGUGACUGGGAAUCGACAAAGCGAAAGCUGAAGCAAUUCGAAAGGGACAUUGGGACGAAACAUCAAAAAGAAAACCUUGGAUCACUCAUCUUCAUGGACCAAACUCGAUACAACAUAUCUCCCAACAUCACCGUCUUAGGAUGCACUUUAUUCUCGAAUGUUCUGCCAUCACAGGCCAAAGAUGUCAGCUUUGGUCUCAAUGACUUUUACAACAUCGAUGGUUGGACGGUUGAGGAGCACACUCAGUCUCAUAUCGCAGACUUUCAGUGGUUGAACGCUCAAGUCAAGUCCAUUGCAGAAUUGGAACCCAAGAGAGAAAUCAUCAUUCUCACUCACUACAGUCCCACAAUUGCCCCAAAAGCUACCGAUCCCGCGCAUUCGCAAAGCAAAAUCUCCUCAGGUUUCUCCACCGAUUUGUCUGGCGAAUUCUGCUGGACAAGUGGAAAUGUGAAGGCGUGGGCAUUUGGCCAUACACAUUUCAAUUGUGAUUUUGUCGAUGGUGUCAAUGCGAAAAGGGUCCUCACAAACCAAAGAGGAUAUUGCUUCAAACAAUCAGUUGGUUUUGACGCCACCAAGUGCAUUGAGCUGAAAAAUCACAACUUCUGA